UAAAGUAGACCAAGAAUGCUUUUUGGUGCAAUAAGUACCCAAAGCAAGUAUAAUCACAACAAGUACAAAAAUCACUGCCCUUUUUGAAACGAGCGCGUAGAAGGUUAUUGUUAGUACUAGACGGGGGAAAACGAUGGGGCAUAUUAACACCCAAAUGAUAAUCAAAGAUUCGAAAUGCCAGUAUAUGGCCACCUUGCGUCCUGUCCAAAGCCAUUUGAACAUAAGAAUUUUGUAUAUACCGUUGUCAUAGAAGUGGUUAAUGAUGUUUCCGUUACAUAUCUUAUUUCGAUCUAAUUCACACACAUUUGUAUGGUAAAAAACGGGGUGAAAUGCAAUAGAAUAUAUUUGAAACCUGAAUUUCAAUACAAAACCGAGGCUUUUCAACUCUCAAUUUACAAUAACUUCAUCACAAGGACGUAUCGUCAUUGGUUGUUAUGUGCUACAGUUUGGUUAUUCAGAUUGAAAGGAUAAGUUAAUCGAUGAAACGGUAUUUAAAAAAAGCUCGAGUUCUGUGCAUCUUUUUCUUUCUCGUUAUUCUAUUUGGAGUAUGUUGGGUGGUAAAUAACGGUAAUCAAUCUAUUGUACAAUAUCGGGCUGAUAUUAUUAACCUCUCCCGAAAGUAUGUCAAAGCUUUGGCCGAAACUCAGAAUGUGGGUUUUGAUGAUCCUUACAGCGCAGAGUUGACGGGAUAUGACUUAAAGAAAACAUUGGCCGUUAUUCUAGACGACGUGCUACGUCGUAUUGACCAGAUAGAAUCGAAACUCUCUAAUUUAACGAACUCAUCUCCUGAAGUAACUAGACAUUAUUCCGAAUCUAUAAACUCGGCACCAUUUGUACCUCAUACUGCUCGAGGUUUGAAAAUGAAUAAUAAUGAGAAAUCAAACUACAAAAAGAUUAACUAUUUGGAUCUUCUACAAGAUGCACAAGAAAACUGUGUUGUUCAAGCUAGAGAACUACCACUAUACCCGGAAUGUUUUUCAAAGAUUGAAGUAAGUUUUGUAAAUAUGUUUCAUUUUAAUGAAAUAAUUCAAGUUGUUUAUAGUUUUACAAUUUGAAGUAAUAAAACAUGGUAGUAAGUAAAAUUUUAUAUUAUCAGUCAUCCGGUUCGUUAUAACAAAACAAAUACUGCAGAAGUUUGAACUUGUUUUUUUGGAUUAUUACUAAUUAUAAUUUUGUUGUAACUAGAUUACUAUGUGUAUAUAUAUUCCACUUACCGGUCACUGAUUUUUCGACUCAUGGAUAGGGCAUAAAUAGAGACUUGUCAAUAAUGGACUAAUAGGAACUUAGCUAUUGACCCGAGUUUAAUGGUGCUGAGUGGGUAUUCAAUUGGACAAGUCAGAGAUACUAGGCGCGAAAUAGACCGAACUAGAAUCAGGAUUCUAUUUAGUGACUUGUCACGUGAUAUUCAUCGGGGGUCCUCAAGACAUAACACGCCUGCCUAGGGUAAAGCGGGGUUGGGACGGGUAAGUUUAACCUCGAGCUCAGUAGUUAUAAACGUGACAUCAAGGCCAGCAACAGAAUUAUUUUAAAAAAGACUUGCUUAGGAGUUUGAAGGUUAAGGAUGUUUAUGCUUGUCUACUGCUAAGAUUGGAUUCUUCAGAUUGUUAUUCUUUGAUAAGUGGUGUUACUGUAUUCUCUUAAUGAUUGAGUUUCACAAACAUAAAUACUUUUCAUAUAAUAAUUUUUUUCAUAUCUCUAAUAAACUAAAGAUAAAUUUGGAAAAAAAACGGUGAUUGUUUUCUUGUUUGCUUUUGUGUUGUUAAGUAUUUAAUUGGUAAUGAUUGAUAAUGUAGCUUAUCUCAUAUCUUCCAUUCUCAAAAUGUUUCUUUUGGUUCAUUAAUUUACAUUUGUUAUGUCCUAUGGUCCACCAAAUAUCAUGUAACAAGAUCGUCAGUCAGAACACCGACUAAUAUGACCUUGUCUUUGUGCUAAAUCAAUAAUGCGUUAAUCAGCACGAGCUGCCUUGAGUCAACUCGGAGUCCUUAUUAGUCCUCUGUAUAGUAGCUUCUCGCCUAAUCCAGCCCAUCCAGUCCGGAACGCAAAUAUCAACCUCCGCUAUAUGAAUCUUAUAUUUCAGACAUAUUUGGUUUAUAUACAAGCAGUUUAUACCUCAUCGCACGAUAAAAUGAAAGAUAUUUUUUAUACAAGAUCAGGUCAAAAGUGACUAUGUGUAUGGGCUACUGUAACUGAUAAAUUGGGAAUAAGUUAAGAAUAGUAAAUCGUAUAACCGUGACCAAUAAGUCAAAUGGAAGCUUAUGAUAAGAGGUAUAUAUAUAUAAUCUAAGUACUUAAUAAUUACCCAAUCAGAAUAUAUGUAAUAGUAGUCCAUAAAUAAUUUCUAGAAGUUGUAAUUCAUUUAUUCUUCGUUCGGAUAUAACAACAUUUCACUACAAAUCUUCAUUAAAUCUACGUUUUAGUGUGUUGAUAUUUUAGCAUUUCAGUUGAAAGAUGAUGGGAAACUUUUGCUUUGUAAUAAAGUUUGUUUUCACACUAGGCUUUAUGUUCGUUUUGGUGAAUUUCGUUAUGUUCGAUAGAUAAAACAGUUGUACGAAUCUAUAGAAUGAUUUAUUGGGCAUUAUAUCCCAUUAGUUUGUACACUGAACUUCAACAAAUAAAUUGAGUCUUGAACAACUCUUUUGAUUUUAUCUUUUAAUAACGUUGACGUUUCAGUCUUUUUAUUAAAAAGAAAGACUUGGCCCGAAAAGCUAAUUUAUUCUCUGGUUUCAUAAACAAAUAUGACAGCUUUUUAAGAAUAUCAAGUAUCGAUAAAUCUAUUACAAUCAUGAAUAGAAUUCAAUAACGUGGUUGGACCUUUUUACUGGUAGUUGUGUUGCUUCAUCAAAUUCGGUUCUCUUCAGAAAAUUAAACAUACUAUACCAUCUCACGAUAAAUCGUUGCCCAAUAACAAUUACAAAGGCUUCAAUUCAAUGUCGAAUGCUAAAGUAGUUCAGAAAUUCAAGCUGGACUCUAGCGAAUAAAAUGCUAAGUGUACCUUUCGUGAAAAAAUAUAUGACAUACGCUAUUCUAAAACCCCUAUAACAUUGUAGAUAUUCUAUCUUAGUACAUGUGACUAUUUACCAUAGAAUGCUUAUUAGUGACAACUAUAUCCUUUUAAUACUUGGGACGGUGUGUGAGUCGUCAAUAAUACUGUACAUUAAAGUGAAAUCACUUGUGAUUAUGCACUUUUCCAUAAAUUUUAUGCUUUACGUUAUUCACAACUCUAUCACAGAUAUUCUGUCAAAAUAAUUUUAUUACAACUCUCGUUUUGCAUCAGCCCGAUUAUGUCUGUAAAUUGGCGUACAUUCUGUAGUCAUUUUAAACAUUUAUUAUUAUUAUUAAAGUUUCUACAACUGGUUAGUGUGUUCAUCGUUUACAUUUGAUUCAUUGCCUGUACGAAGUUUAGGAGCUUCACUGCUGCAUCUAGUCCAUUGUCUUGUGUAAUCGACCUCUUAUCAGUCAAAAACCAGUGUAUUUUCUAACUAAUAACAAGUCUGAUUUUCUCAUUGUUAUGUUUUGCAGCCGUUCUAGCCUACUACUGAUAUAAGUUCAAACCAGCCACUUGAGCGAAGAGGAAGCUUUAUUGACUAAAUCUAGAUCGACUCAUUCAUAAAUGUAUAUCUUUUUCCCCUAGAAAAUAUAGCAACAUUUUCAGAAAUUGGUGGCCGUUGAUUUGAAAUAAUCUCUAAGGUUAUGUUUUGGUCUAAUAUAUCACCUCUCAUACUAUAUGUCUCUCCAUUCAUUAUUCGAUUAAACGCCUCACAACUAACAUUCAACAGUUAGUCACGUUUUAUUCACUUGGAACAGCAAUUUGUACUCUUAUUGUUAACCUUGUAGUUGUAUUUCUUUUUGAUACAAGCAAUCUAACGAAUUCAACAAAACCUUCAUGUUCACUCAUAUACACUAGUCAAUCGUUGAUUGUUUACCAUUUUCAUUUUAUGUGGUUGUUUGUACUAAUCAUAUUUUACUGAUCAAGUUACAAUUUUGUCACCUGACUAAGUGGUGGCUCGGAGCGAAGAUCUAAUUGGUUGUUGAUAUUUGCAAACCAACCCCAGUUUGAGAGUUUUUUAUUGGUUGUCUCUAACUCAUCAAAGUUCAGUUACCCAUUAAUAAGAUGAUAUUCUCCAAAAAAGAGAAAGAUUAAAUGGAUACUAUUUUCAUUCUGCUUUGCUAGUGGUUGCGAACCCGUUGGGGAACUCAUUCAUGUUAUGUUGAGUUAGGAAUCGAUGGAUCAGAAUGUUCACUUAUCCGGUAUCUUAGUGAAGUAAGUGUUAUAUUGAAUAAUUUUGUCUCUGAAUUUAAAGAGCAUGGAUUUAUUUUUUACAAAAUUUGUCUUAACGCCGUACUUCGCUUAAUUCUUCCAAAAGUGAAUUGAGAGCAAACCAUAUGUUCACUCCAACAAAAAAUCCGUAAAAGCGUUAGAGUUAUCAUCAAAUUUACAUGAUAAUUUCCAAGCAUCUUGAUUUGUCUACUAGGGCUAAUUAGUCGAAAAUAGACUAACCGAUGUAUUUAAAUUUAGGGUUGAUCAGAGCCUGUGAUAGUUUGUCUCAACAAUGUCUACAAUCAUCCGGACUAUUUUCAACAGCCAACCAACUAAACAGUAAUCAUGUACUCAUUAAUAACUAACUUCAUAAUAAACUCUAGACAACCUAGUGGGAAAUCAUAAUUGAUAGAGUUGAACUAUAGAGUGGGUAUGUCGAAAGUAUCACUGAUGAUAUUGAAUAAUCAUAAUACCAUAUCAAUAAUUGAUGGAAGUUAGAAAUUUGGACUACUAGAUUUUAACUCAACUGCUUAAAAGUAAUGUGAUCUCCGUGAGGUUAGGUGUGUUCGACUCCUUUUAGAGUCAGGAUUGGUGGACAUGACGGAUGGUUCCCAAGCCAGGACGGAACAAUUACUAAGUGUUUGCCGAUUUUCAGUGAUGAAAAUCGGCAGUGAUGCUUCAUUCAAUUUUAUUUUGUGAAAAAAUACUAUCUGAAAAUAUCUGUGAUAAAGUUUUGUUUCAUGACGAUUAUAGUUCCUGAUAAAGUUGUAAGUAAUCAGUGAUUGCCCUGAAAGCUUGAGCAACUGUUACUGUUGUCACUUUUAUUUACAUGAUUCUGAGUUUUUCCAAAGAAUACAUUAACAAUACUUUAAUUGGUUAUAAUGUGUUAUCGAAAUCGCUCGGGUCGUAGCUGCUGCUUGAUAUAGUGGCCGGACUUGCCUGUUAUAAAGACCUCUGGGUGAGUUAUAUUAGCUAGAACAUUUAUUCCUUUAGGUUCUACAGUUCUAGGCAGGUCGGUUGGAAUACAAUAUGACUCAAAUUUGUACUUUGACUGUACUGGAGUGUUACAACAGUAAGGUGUUAACUUCAAUCAAUCAGCAUCUUCAGUAAUACUGCCUUCCUACGAUGAAAGGAAGGGGUUGGUUAAGGUCUACUUUAAAAAUAAUGCAUCUCACUUUGCCUCAUGCAUUUCUGUUACAGCUGAUCGGUGUAUCUAGUCUCUUUAUAACAAUUCACAUCAAAGUUUGGCAUAGUUUGUGAAUCGGCUUUCCACCAGGAAUAUUUUUUAGUCUUGGACCGAAUUACUUGUUGAAAACCUGUUGAUAUGGAAACAAGAAUAUACCAAGUUCGAACUGUUGAUAAUUAUUUCAGCUUUUUUUCCAUAAACAAAACAUUCGGUAGCAAUUAAUAAUUUAUUCAAUAUUUGGGUUCUUAAAUGCAUCUAGUUUUGCACGUCUCUUUUAACUGUAUAAAUAAUCUCUUAUCUUUUUCAUAUUCUAUUAUCAGGUUUUUUCCCAUAUAACUUUGAUCUUAGUGUUUAAAGCUAUGUAAUUUAAUAAUAAAACAUAUUGUACCUAAUAUUUGCAUUAGACUUCUAUAUUUUAUCUUUGUUUUACUUGAGUUAAUUUAUACAUGGAUCCUGUUGGGUAUUUUUUAGUGAAGAAUACUUGUAUUUAAUAGUCCCGUAUAUCUCAUCUAUCUUCUACUGUUGGUAUAUCUUAAAAUGUCUGUAAUUCAUCACCUUCAUUAUUUAUGAGUGUAUAUGGUGAUGUUGUUGUCAUUUUGGAAACUUAAAGUUUUUCAUUCGAUUUUACACUAUUUCUGUUCUAAUAGGAUUGCACUAGUAAAUGGUAUCACAUACACUUGAUUAUUGUGCUCUGGAUAGCAUGUUAUUCUAAACACUAAAAAUCCCCUGCAUAUGUUUGUGCCGGAAAUUUAUAAGAAAAUAACUCCAAGAUUAGUUUAGCACCACCUUCUGAACAUAAAUCCUCUAAAAAAUAUGAGUUAUGUGUUUGUUACUGUUGAGUUUUUGUAAAACGUAAAAAUAAUCUGGAAUCACUUUUCAAGGUAAAUGUCAGUCGACAAGCAAAUAGAUGUAAAUUCAACAUACAAAUUAUUUGGAAGAGUAUAUAUAUAUAUAUUAUCAGUAUGUGGUUGUAGAGUUUGUUGUUUCAUUGAAACCAUAAACCGAUCAAUGUUAGAUCACCAUUGAAAAACCGGAAGCACUGGACGAUCGUUUUGUCUCAGUAUGUGACUCCACAGCAGUGCGCAUCCACGGCCACCAUUGAGGUUAGACACUAACAUCGCUGGACGUCGGCUCAAUGGUCUAGAGUUUAGGUGUCUGCACGCGAAACCGAA